AUGACAAGCAUUUCAAAAGAUGAUGUCAAAAUUUCUUUUGAAACCAAGAAUCUGUUGAUGAAUAGUAGACCUUUACGCCUUGAAUUCUGGCGAGUACUGUCGAAAUCGACUACAAUGAAGUUUACGGAAAUUGAAACGAUACAGUUAGCAGUCCAAGAUAUUCGAAAUUCAGGGCCAUUUGUACAACGUUAUAUUUUGACAUUGCUUUUGAAUAGCACAACGACACAUUCAGCAUUAUUUGACACUAGUUUUCUAAAGCAUUUCCUUCAUGAACUGAUGAAGACAAGACAAAGUAAUCGGCAUUUGGCAAACCUGCUCCUUAUAAAACUGAAUCAUAAUGAAUGGUGUUUUGAUUGGUUGUAUAGCAGCGCCGUUAACGAAGACCAGCAAAUUCAGGCAAUAGCUAUUCAGGCUUUGGAAUUGCUUUUGAAAAGAGGUACUCCAGAUAUUCAGCUAUAUAAAAUUAUCGUUGUGCUAUUGAAGAGUCAAAAUGAAACGAUUAGAGAAAAAGCUGCAAAACUAUGUUCUCAUAUGGUUAAUCGGAAAACUGCUGCACUAAAUCCAGAAAUUUUGUUCUGGUGGUUUGCACAGUACUACCCGGAAAUUGAAGAAUUUAUUAGCCAAUGUGGUGAUUUUGGUAAUAAUGAACAUACUCGUCUUUUUGACGCAUGCGUUUCAAACCCAUAUACCGAAGCGGUUCCAAUCUGUAGUGAGCAUUUAAGUAGUGUGUUGCAAUUAAUAUCAUGA